AUGGCAUCAUCAACAAUAUUACCCAAAGUCUUGUGUGUUAUGUGCAAUAAGGGAAAAGGAAGUUUUAAAUGUGAAGGAUGUUCACGUAUGUUUUGUCCGAAACAUUCAAAUGAUCAUCGAAAUGAAUUGAGUAAACAAUUAGAAGAAAUUGUUGUAAUACAUGAUCUUACACAACAAACUCUUAUUCAACAAAUCGAAGAUCCUCAACAACAUUCUCUAUUAAAUAUAAUUAAUAAAUGGGAACAAGAAUCAAUUGAUAAAAUUCAUCAAACAUCAGAAGAAGCUAGAAAUAAAUUAAUUAAAAGUACUAUUGAACAUACAAAUAAUAUAAAACAAAAACUGAAAAAUUUAUCUGAUGAAUUACGAAAAGCUCAUGACGACAACGACUUUAUUGAGACUGAUCUACAAGAAUGGACACAAAAAUUAGAAGAAUUAAAAAAGAAACUUGAUAAUCCAAUAACUGUUAUUAUUCAAGAAGAUUUGACACCACUUGUUACGAAUAUUCGUAUCGGCAAUGAAGAUACAUCUGAUGUGUUCGAACGUGUUUGUGGUAAUGGUCAAAUAAAAGAGAAUGGAUGUCUUGUUGUCAAAGAUACUUUAGAUGGUCACACAGAAAUACGUGGAAGAAACGAAUAUAAUAUUGGAAGACACGAAUUUUCUUUUCGAAUUGAAGAAUUAGCUUCAAAUGGAUGGAUCUUUUUUGGGAUAAUCUCUAAAUCAGAGUCUAUGCAGACAUGCUCGUAUAGCUCGCCAUCGAGUUGGGGCUGGGCCAGUCAGAAUCAAGUAUUUUCUGGUGGUCAAUGUAGCUAUAAACAAAGCAGUGAUGCUAUUCAAAAUGACACUCUUAUUUUGUCAAUUGACUGUGAUCAACGAAAGAUUGAGCUGAAAAAUGAACGAACAAACUUCAUUAUGCAAAUGUGGAUUAACAUCAAUAGUUGUCCAUUUCCAUGGCAACUUCAUCUUAAUCUUUAUACAGCUAAUAUUCAUGUGCGUAUGCUAAACUCGUUGAAUUAA